CUAUAUAAAUACGAGAAAUGCCUCUCAGUUUACAUAUAGACAAAGAAAGCAGAGCAUGUGCCAGCGUCUUCACCAACAGAGCAUCAGCACCAGGCGGCAACUAAAUACUCUUCCCAACCUACCCAUUUUACCAACCAGAAGCCAUUUUCGAUUAAAAUAACGAAAUAAAAGCCUAUUUUUAAUCAACUUUUUAUCCAUUUUUACCCAUUUAAGAUCCAACAUUUGGCAUUUAUUCCAAACUUUAUCUAAAUUUUAGAAACCCUUUUUCUGCUAGAAAAAUUAUUAAUAAUGGUAGAAAAAUAGAUAAAAAGUUUUAGUAAGGUUUUUAAGAAAAAAAUCUUUUUUCUUCUUCUGAUAUUCUGGGAAUCCUUAUCCAUAAUCUAUUCAGCACUUAUCGUCUUUGCUUAUCUUUUCUUUUUAUUCGAGAUCGUUUCUUCUUCUCUUUUUAUUUACCCCAGCUCCUUCUCUUUUUUCUUCUUUUAAUCCCCUUUCCAGAUUAAAAAAGUUUGGGUGUUUGUUUUUUUUGUCUGGGUUUAGAGUUUUUUAUUAUUAUUAUAGAAAAACAAACCCUUGAGGAAUCGCUGUGUUUGAAGCUAACUCUUUGGAUUUCAUCAAAGGGGGGUUGUUCUAAAGGAUGGUUUUGGUGUCGGUUUUUUUGGAGAUUUUAAGGAAACCCACAAUUGGGGAUGUUUUGAAGGAGCUAAUGAUUUUCAUAGCUCCUUUAUGGAUUGCUGUAAUUGUUGGUGUUUUAGUCGGAUGGGCUUGGAAGCCAAAGUGGGCAAAUAUAGGCAGAGAAAUGAUGAUUGAUUGCGCUGUCUCUAAAGAUUCAACACCUGCAUCUUCAGAUUCUUCAUCUACAAGUUUUAAUCUCAUUUCAAGCUUGAAUUCGAUCAAAUUUCUAUUGCCUAGUUGCAUCUCUUGGAUUACAGAUGAUGAAGCUCAAAGCGAUCCUUUUUCUUUGCUACCCACCGUUGAUUCCAAUUGCAGUUCAUCACAGAUUCCAAAGGGGAAAACUAGUUUUGUGACAAAUGAGGAUUUAGAGCAUUUUGUUAAUUUAGUUGAAGAAAAAGAUGGAGGACCUGCUUGGAUUCAUAUGAUGGAUUGUUCUACUCCGACUAUGUUUUAUCAAGCUUGGCAAAGAGAUCUUGAGGCUGGUCCUACGGAAUAUCGUAGCCGAACCGUUUUCGAAGACACCACUCCCGAGAUGGUGAGGGAUUUCUUUUGGGACGAUGAGUUUCGACCCAAGUGGGAUAACAUGCUUGUUAGUGCUGCAACUAUGGAGGAAUGUCCCACCACUGGGACCAUGGUGGUUCAUUGGGUUCGCAAGUUUCCUUUCUUCUGCAGUGAUAGAGAAUACGUGUUCGGUCGUCGGAUUUGGGAGUCCGGGCGUGCAUAUUAUUGUGUUACUAAGGGAGUACCAUAUGCUUCUGUACCGAGGAAAAACAAACCCAGGCGUGUCGAUUUAUACUAUUCGAGUUGGUUAAUCCGUGCAGUUGAAUCAAGGAAAGGAGACGGUCAGCUAACUGCAUGCGAGGUGUUACUUUUCCAUCACGAAGAUAUGGGUAUACCAUGGAAAAUUGCAAAGGUUGGCGUCCGGCAAGGCAUGUGGGGAACCGUCAAGAAGAUCGACCCCGGCCUACGUGCAUAUCAAAAGGAAAGAACAUCCGGAAAUACGCUAUCCCAUUGCGCUUUCAUGGCUCAGAUAAACAGUAAAAUAAGUGCAGACUAUCUGAGAUCCUUUGAAAGCAAAAGUAAUGAUUCAUCAGAGCUCGAAACACAUAAUUCAUCUGAGAAACCGUCGGGGAAAAACAUUCCCAAACUUUUAGUUGUCAGUGGGGCUAUCGCCCUUGCUUGUAGUUUUGAUCGAGGCCUCUUGACCAAAGCUGUUAUAUUCGGAGUAGCUCGAAGGUUUGCAAACAUCGGAAAGAGAUUGUAACUCGGGUAUAUUUUCUGUCGUGAUUCCGAGUGUGCCAGCAGAGCUAAUUGCUGCUGCAAAUGAAAGUGAGAGAUGUUACCACCAAGGGCCAAAAUCUUUUUGCUUGCCUGCUUUUUUUAAAGGAUCGAAGAUCGUAAACUCUUUUUAAACUUCCGGGCUGCGAAGUUUGGAACCGGGGAAAUAAAGAUCAGAUAGUUGGAUUAUAAAA